AUGUCAACUACCUUUACUAAGUGGACUGAUGCUAAUGGGGGCUACUCUGGCAAGGUCCGUGACAAUUGGGAUGCUGUAUAUGGACAAGCUCUUGCAGGCGCAAAACAAAAUAUUUUCAAUGCACUGCUUGAAGAGUCCGAUGCCACCGAGGUCCAUGUCGACACUUUGGGAAAGCAAUUUUUUAAACAUCACGGUUUUAAGUAUGAGUGGAAUGGUCAUCUCACAAAUACAUUCACUGGAGAACAUGCGCAUACCGAUCAUGAUAAACUCGGCAGAUUUAAGAACUGGCAGGGUAGUCGUAACUAUAGGUUCGGAUUUGAUAUCGAGAAAACAGCAAUGGAUUGA